AUGCUAUCAGUUCCCGACGGCUCUGAACCCGCAAAGGACAUAACAACACGUAGUGAUGGAUCCAUUGAUGUCCUUCACUUUGGCUAUGAUGAUGAGGCAAUGGCACGAGUUGCUGCUGCUGAUCGAGCUGCUGCCGCCGAAGCAGAGGCAAUGGCUGCUCAGUUAGUUGCGGCUGGCAACACUGUCAGACGGAAACGGAGAGGUGGGACGAAGUGGAAAAGCCAGAGGCCCGUUAGUAGUAUCACUGAUGAUAGGUUAGAGCAAGAUACUGGUGCCUGCGCUUUUGUGGAAACAAAGAAUCGACAAAUGGAUCCCAAUGAUGCUGACUACGAUAAAAAGAAAGGCGAUGAGCUUUUAGAUGCUGAAGAAGAAUACGAGGAGUAUACUGAAGUUGAAAAGAAUGCUGGCUUGAAUGAUUACGCCGCAGGAGUCCCCAGUAAUCUUGUCCCUCCGGAAUCCAAAGUUGAACCGUGGACGUGGUCCAUUCCCAAACGUUUCGCCGGCAUCGUCAGUGAGUAUCGCUAUUCUUAUCACCCACAACAACUCGUCAAAGAAACAAAUGAAGCCGAUUCUUUGACCAAAUUUGUGCUAAACAAUUGUGGUAUCUCCCCUUCUGCCCUGGGUUAUUCGCGUUUCCGAUAG